AUGGGGUACGAUAAUGCCCUCGUUGCCGCCUGCCACCCUCUUGACCAUUGUGGUGUACCCAUUCCUAACACGCGUCGACGCGGCAAACUGUGCUUUAUCGUAACGGUUGCCGUUGUGGCCACCAUCCCCUGGGACUCUUACCUGAUUCGCACCAACAUCUGGAACUAUCCUCCCGAUGCAGUCCUCGGCUACUCCCUCUUUGACAUCCCCGCCGAGGAGCUUUUCUUCUUUGUCAUCCAGACCUACCUCACAGCACAGCUGUACAUCCUGCUCAACAAGCCUGUGCUACACGCCCAGUAUCUCAAUGCACCCUGGGCUGUCCCUGCUGGCAUUCGAAGGGCCAAGAUUGCCGGCCAAGUCUUCCUCGCAGCCGCCAUCGUCUACGGCUGUCAUCUCAUCUCAGGAAGUGCCAAAGGUACAUACCUCGGCCUGAUCCUCGCAUGGGCUGCCCCCUUUGCCCUCUUGACGUGGUCCAUCACGGCCCAUUUCAUACUCGCCCUGCCAUGGACUUCGACCCUGCUUCCCAUUGUCGCCCCGACAGUCUAUCUCUGGGUCGUCGACGAGCUCGCCCUGGGUCGUGGCACCUGGGCCAUCCAGAGCGGCACCAAGCUCGGCGUGCGGCUCUUCGGCCAUCUCGAAAUCGAGGAGGCCGUCUUUUUCCUCGUCACCAACAUGCUUGUCGUCUUUGGCCUUGCUGCGUUCGACAAGGCUGUCGCUGUCGUCGACGCCCACCCCGACGUCUUUGCCGAGCCCUCGGACACGCUGUCCAUGUCCCUCAUCAAGGCGCGCUUCUGGCCGAGCAAGCACUACGACAUGCGUCGCAUCACCGCCAUCAGGCAAGCGGCGUCCCGCCUUGCCAAGAAGAGCCGCAGCUUCUCUCUUGCCAGUUCGGCAUUCCCCGGCCGUCUGCGCAUCCACAUGACCCUCCUAUACUCAUACUGCCGUCUGGCGGACGACCUCGUUGAUGACGCGGCGGACAAUGCUGUUGCGUCCGACUGGAUCGAUAAGCUGCAAAAGCAUCUCGACCUUUCCUACGCUGAAGUCAACAAGACGAAACCCUCGUCGCAGAAGGAGUCCAUGUCGUCCCGCGAGUACGCCGACUCGACCUUCCCCUCUUCGGCAUUGGAGACCCUGCGUCAUCUCCCUGUCCAUCUCAUCCCCAAAAGACCCUUUGACGACCUUCUCCAGGGAUUCGUCAUGGAUAUGGACUUUGACCAAGCGGCCGGCCAGUUUCCGAUCACCAAUGUAGCAGAUCUCGAGCUAUAUGCUUCCUACGUGGCGAGCACUGUCGGUCUGAUGUGCCUCGAGCUCGUCUUCCACCACUGCAUCCCCGGCUUUCCCACCCAUCUCUACGACACUGACGCCAGGGCCGAGACGGACGCCACCAAGCUGGGCCUCCCCAGGAACAAGGUGACCAGUACGGGUGUCGUGCUGCAACGCCACAGCACAAAAGGAGCCACCACCCGCAACCAGCUCCGUGUCGCCGCCUGCCGCAUGGGUCUCGCGCUGCAGUACGUCAACAUUGCGCGCGACAUUGCCGUCGACGCGCGCAUCGGCCGCGUCUACCUGCCGACGACGUGGCUCCAGGAGGCCGGUCUCACGCACCAAGAUGUUCUACGCAGCCCCCGCAGCGACGGCGUCAUGCAGGUGCGCAAGCGGUUGCUGGACCUGGCUUUUGACCUGUACGAUGAGUCCCGGGCCGUCAUGGUGGAGAUUCCGCCUGCCGCUCGAGCGCCCAUGAUUGUGGCUGUCGAGAGCUACAUGGAGAUUGGCCGUGUGCUCCGUGAUGGUGCGGCGGCCGCCAAGGCGCCCCAGGAGGCCGAAAGGGGCGUCCAUGGCGGUGGGCGGGCGACUGUGCCCAAGGGACGGCGAAUCUGGGUGGCUUGGAGCACUUUGAUAAUGUCGUAG